UGAUCAUCUACAGAUUUUGCUAGAACUCUCUCCUCUUCCUCCUCCUCCUCACCCCACUGUCUCCUGGACUCACCCCAAUGCAAACCCAGGUUCUGAACAUUUGUAGCAGAAUUGCUGCGAUUUGGAGGAAGACUGGACUCAGAAUCCUCCCAGGGCCUUGAAAGUUCAUCUCUGACCUGAGACAAUCCAAAGUUUUCUUUUGAAGACUACCGUAACAAAGGGAUAUUUUAAAUAGAACUUUGGAUGGGAUCAAAAAUGAAUCUCAUCGAACACUCCCACUUACCUGUCACGGAUGAAUUUUCUCUUUCUGAAAAUUUAUUUGGUGUACUAACAGAACAAGCAGCAGGUCCUUUGGGACAGAAUCUAGAAGUGGAACCAUACUCACAAUACAACAAUGUUCCAUUUCCCCAAGUUCAACCACAGAUUUCCUCAUCGUCCUAUUAUUCCAACCUGGGUUUCUACCCCCAGCAGCCUGAAGAGUGGUAUUCUCCUGGAAUAUAUGAACUCAGGCGAAUGCCAGCUGAGACUCUUUACCAGGGAGAGAUUGAGGUAGCAGAGAUUCCUGUAACAAAAAAGGCUCGAAUGGGUACAACAACGGGGAGAAUAAAAGGGGAUGAAUUAUGUGUUGUUUGUGGAGACAGAGCAUCUGGAUACCAUUAUAAUGCGCUGACCUGUGAGGGGUGCAAAGGUUUCUUCAGGAGAAGCAUUACCAAAAAUGCCGUGUACAAGUGUAAAAAUGGGGGCAACUGUGUGAUGGACAUGUACAUGCGAAGAAAGUGCCAAGAGUGUCGCCUAAGGAAAUGCAAAGAGAUGGGAAUGUUGGCUGAAUGUAUGUAUACAGGCUUGUUAACUGAAAUUCAGUGUAAAUCUAAACGGCUAAGAAAAAAUGUGAAGCAGCAUGCAGAUCAGACCAUUAAUGAAGACAGUGAAGGUCGAGAUUUGCGACAAGUGACCUCGACGACUAAGUCAUGCAGGGAGAAAACUGAACUCACCCCAGAUCAACAGAAUCUUCUUCAUUAUAUUAUGGAUUCAUAUAGCAAACAGAGGAUGCCUCAGGAAAUAACAAAUAAAAUUUUAAAAGAAGAAUUCAGUGCAGAAGAAAAUUUUCUCAUUUUAACUGAAAUGGCUACCAGUCAUGUACAGAUUCUCGUAGAAUUCACAAAAAAACUUCCAGGAUUUCAGACUUUGGACCAUGAAGAUCAAAUUGCUUUGCUGAAAGGGUCUGCAGUAGAAGCUAUGUUCCUCCGUUCAGCUGAGAUUUUCAAUAAGAAGCUUCCAGCUGGACAUGCUGACCUAUUGGAAGAAAGAAUUCGGAGGAGUGGUAUCUCUGAUGAGUAUAUAACACCUAUGUUUAGUUUUUAUAAAAGUGUUGCAGAAUUGAAAAUGACUCAAGAAGAGUAUGCUCUGCUUACAGCAAUUGUUAUCCUCUCUCCAGACAGACAAUACAUAAAGGACAGAGAGGCAGUAGAGAAGCUUCAGGAACCACUGCUUGAUGUGCUACAAAAGCUGUGCAAGAUUUAUCAGCCUGAAAAUCCUCAACACUUUGCCUGUCUCCUGGGUCGACUGACUGAGUUGCGGACAUUCAAUCAUCACCAUGCCGAGAUGCUGAUGUCUUGGAGAGUAAAUGACCACAAAUUUACCCCACUUCUCUGUGAAAUCUGGGAUGUGCAGUGAUGAGCAUUGCAGGAGCAACAGCAUCUAGUGAUUUAUUUUCCUUAUGAUAUAAAUCUGAUGUAUAACUUUCUUUUAUUUCAUUUGUACCUCGUUUCACACAAGAAUUUUGAUGAAUAUUUAUGCAGUAAUUAUGUAACUUCUACCAUUGUAAAUAUGAAGCUAGAUAGGAUUACUUUCUUUACAUUGUAUUUUACAUGGCUUCAGGGAUUCUUUCACUCUAAGUGGCAUGCCCUGUUUGCCUAAUCAAACUGAUCAUUCUUCACUUCUAUCUUUUGAAAUAGGGAAAAUUUCAUUUUGCUGUUUAUCUUACCUUGUUGCAUAUAUUUUAUAAAAGAGUUGUGUUCAAUUUUGGCAAUAAACUCAGCAUAAUGGCAACAGGCUUUUCUUCCAGAACAAAAUUUGAAAAAUAUACAAACUCAUUUCUUUAAAUGGUCAAUGACAUCAUAUUGGGCCCGGGGUGGGGUGAUGGAUAAACUCUCACAGCACAAAUGGUGUUCUUCUAAUCCCUGAAGAAGCUCUGGUGAAUAUUCAUUUAUUUGUAAUAGCCCUCAGAUUAUUUCAUUUGAAGUUCAAAGAGAUAGCACGCAGAAAAGUUGAUGAUUCUCACAGUGAAGUAUUCCCUCAAGCAAACCCUUUCCACAAUUAGGGUCUUGAAGCAGUAUUUACAAAUCCAGAGUAUGUAGAUAACUCCAGUGUUGGAAUAUUCCCUUUCCUCUCUUAAAAGUACUCACUAUUGGGG